AUCACUGACAAUGUUUAUGUUUAUCAUCAUGCAGUAGCUAGCUAGCAGUAUGCAGAAUCUGGAGUGAAUGUGAAAAUCGAGCGAAAUGUGUGAUUGCAUGUGACAAAUCUGGGAAAAUUGCCAAAAUCAUGGACUUGCUCAUCUCUCGUUUUCACCCCAAUUAACCCAUUCAUCCUGUAUUCCUCAAAACCCCGCAUUUUGACUCUCCGGGAACCGAGAAUGAUCCAGUACGUCCAGGUGACAGAGGAGGAUGGAGAGGAACCAAUAGAGCUGCCGUCAGAAGAAGACGGCACCAUCCUCCUCUCCACCUUAGCCGCACAGUACCCGGGAGCCUGCGGACUCAAGUAUAGAAACGCGGAGACGGGCGCGAUGCGGGGGAUACGCCUAGCAGACAGGAAACUUCACCCGCCAGACGGACACUGGGGCAAUACGCUUUAUGUGUGCGUUUUCCCGAAAGAGAACAAACGGAAAGGAGAUGAUGGCCUGGACAACCCUCACGCCAAGACGAAACGCGUCGAUAAGAAGAAAUGUAGCGACCUUAUCGUGUUAGGACUCCCAUGGAAGUCAACGGAAGACGACAUUAAAAAAUAUUUUGAACAAUUUGGCGAAGUCAUUAUGGUUCAGAUCAAACGGGAUGUACACACCAAACAAUCAAAGGGAUAUGGCUUCAUUCGAUUUUCGGAGUACGAGUCACAAAUUGCCUGCCUGAGAAAACGACAUAAGAUAGAUGGCCGUUGGUGUGAAGCAAGGAUUCCAAAUUCAAAGGACGGACCGCGAAAAGUGUUUGUGGGGCGAACGACGGAGGACAUGACAGCCGAUGACCUGCGGCAGUAUUUUUCCAGAACGAAUGGCACUUUUCUAUGAAAGACACUGGUAGAUGUUAUUGUGGGUGAUCGGAAUGAAGAGGAAGAUAUUAACCUUUUGUCUGUGGAAGCAUCAACGUCUUUUAUUGUAAAUAUUUUUGUUUUCAUGCCAGUUUGCAAAUUACAGACUGUGGCUAGCAGAUUACAGAUUGUUGACUGCAGAUUACUGAUCGUUGACUGUUGAUUACUAAUUGUUGACUUUAGAUUAAAGAGUAGCAUGUGCAGAAUAAUGACGGUUGAUGCAGAUUGCACAUUCGACCGCAGAUUAAAGAUUGUUGGAUGCUUGUUCUGCAGAUUACUGAUCAUUAACUGUUGACUGCAGAUUACAUCAGGUUGUUGACUGUAGAUUACGGAUUGUUGGCUGCAGAUAGAAAAAUUGCAUAUUGCAAAAUGCAGAUCACAGACUUCCAUAAACAAAGGGUUAAUUUGACCAUGGAAGGAGCUUGGAUCUAAAAUCUUAUGCAUCCAUGCCUAGAGUGAACACCUCCUUUUACCUCUUAUUUCUCUUGUGGUAUGAUUUUUGUUUGUGCUUAUGCUGGAAGAAUCGAGGCUUGGCUGUGAAUGCAGUAGGGUGGUGGGAUCUUUCUUGAUGUUACACCUAUUUUUAACCCCUUCCAAUUCCUGCAUGAAUUCUGAUAUCAAAGUACCAUUGCAUGGCUUCUUUUGAGCACCAUUCAUCCAAGAGAUCUUCGUUGCGACGACUUGCAAUAAUUGUCGCUCCUAUAAGCAAUGAAAAGGUCACUUGUCUGCGGAUAGUAAAACCAGUUGUCACUUUACAGUCUAAAGACUAGUAUUUGUAUUGUUAGCUAACUGCCUCCUCCAAAAAAAUUUCAAUCUUCGGAUAUUUACAAUUUUGAAGUUUUAGCGUAUUCACUAUGCAACGUCUAUGUUUUAAGUUCAUGCCCGGUUUGUAUUCUUCUAAAUGUUAAAUAAGUUCCAUUUCCUUUCUUUACCUUCACAAUUUUUUUUCUUUUAACCCUUUCAUGUUUGUCACAUGUCUGUUGUAGAUGUUGCAGUCCCUCCAAAAGUGAUGAAUGCUUGCUUUAACCUUGUUUCCAGGGGCUACUCUUCAGGAUAGCUCCUGGGGUCUAGGUUGGUCAGUUGGCCUUCCGACCACACCUGUGACGAGUAUGUUUCGGCGGGAGUUAUAUGAUUUUUUUAGAGUAUUUGAGAAUGAGCAAUUUCUCCCAAAAGGGUACUCCCGAUAUGCUUAUAGGCUCUGCCGUAGGCUAUAGUGUCCUUUGGUAGAGAUUUAAGAAAUAAAGUCCGAGCAAAAGUGUUGAUAAGUAACUGGUAUCUUUGGAAUGAGCUUUACAGGAUAUCCCAAAGAAAACGGACAAUUUAUACCACCCUUAGACUAAAAGAACUAGCAGCAGUGGAUGAAAAAUCUUUCUGGAAGAAAAAUGAGGCCAAAAUGUUAUGAUUCAAUGCAGAAGUUUUAGCUCCAGAGACAAUUUUGUAAAGCAAAGUAAGAGUAAUUUGACUAACUAGAGGAGGUCAGUGAGGUUUCGCAACCGCCCGGUUAGGCCCUUCGACGACGUUUAUCUAUUGUUCAGGUAAACUCACACAAUAGAUAAACGUCGUCGUAGGGCCUAAACGGGUGGUUGCGAAACCUCACUAUUAACUGGAAAACGCUGGUUGGCCGAGUUUAGAACGGUCAGAUGCUUUCUCAUGCGUCCUAGAGGCCCUGUCUUUACAAGAACUCGGCAACGAAAUUUUAGUAAAGGUUUUCAGAAUGGUAUCUCAAAUCUUCCUCAUUUGAAUAGGUAAAAGCUCAUGACAGACUUACCAGUAUACUUUCCCUUUGGUUUAUAGUCAUACUAGGUGACACAAAAAAGAUUAGAUACUUUUGAUUUUGAAUGACUUCUAUCGAGCUGCCAUUUACAAAGUUUCUUCCACAUGUAGUUGAGAUCAAUAUUUCAAUAUUUUUUGUUUCUAGCUUGUUUGAUUUCAUAACAUACAUUAGUUAUUGUGCAAAAGGCAUUUACAUUUUCAACUCUUCUCCAUGUUGAGAUCUCGUAAAUAUCGGAUCAAUAUUUUGAAGUUCUUCAAAACUAAAAGUAGAUAAUCUUUUUGGUGGAACCUGGUAGUAAUCCUUCCCCAGUACGCCUGAUGUGCGAAAUGCCUUUUCUGUCGCAAAGAUUAUCAAUUUUCUGUUCAGUUCUAAUUUCUGUGGUAUGCUUGGAGCCUGUUUUGUGACAUUUUACACAUGGAUUGCUGCAGACUGGUGUGUGCUUGGAGCCUGACUUCUGGGCAUUUUAUCAAGGAUGGCAGAUCAACUUGGUGCAAGUAAGUUAAUCUGUGGUGUUUUAUGUUCUGUCUGGAGUUGUAAAACUCAAGUGUGCCUCUCCGACUGACGGCUUUGUGAUACCAAGAGUAUAGUGAACUUUCCCUCCUACCGAGGUUUUCUGUGUGAAAGACUGUCCAAAUGAAUCUCCCUCAAAGUCCAGUAUGUUUCUGAGCAACUGUUCGUUUCAACAGUUUUUUUGGUAACAAGAGUUGCGAAUUAGCCCUAAACCCAUUGCAAUUUUAUGUUUGAAAGAUUGCCUGCAGUUUUCCUCAAUUUGAAACUAAAGCCCGCAGCACACUAGCCGCCAACUUUGGCGACAAGAAGCGUUCAGCUGACGCCUCUCGACGCCGAAGUUGGCGGCCAGUGGAUCCCGGUCAGAGCACACCUGCUCAGAAUCGGCGUCCAGUAGCGUCUUUUUCGCAACUUUAGGCUGCCAUUUUGAAAUCAUGUGACAUCAAGACGCAUACUGAUUGGCCAUAGCCUCGCCGCCGACGCCAAUUCAGGCGGCAAUCCGUAGCACACCUGGCUUCUUCUUGCGUUCAAACGAGGCGACACGCGUAAAAAAUGUUAGAUAUUUGGCGUUUAGUUGCGGCAAGUGCCGGCAAGUCGCGUUCGCCGACGCCGUUCUUAGCAGACUAGGGGUUUUUCAGGCGUUCAGGACUCUUGCGGCAAAAAACGCCAGUGAACGCCGAAGUUGGCGGCUAGUGUGCUGCGGGCUUAAGGGUCACGACACUGUAUUACCUGAAAAAAACUGAUCUCCAAUGUCACCCUGAUUCUCUUGUGUUUGCGUCCUAACUAUCGCACUCUACAAACAUGAGUGCAUGACUCAGUCAUCUCAAAACUUUCAGGGUUAAGAUGAGCCAAAUUUUUAUUUUUGAAUUGAAGAGUGUGUGAUCCUAAAAAUUAUGAACGAAUCUCUUCGAUAUUUUUUUCACAAUUUUUCUUUUCGUGAAACAAGCUUAUUUGUGAAGUCGCAAAAAUAAAACUCACAUGAAAUUUUUUUGGUUUACAGUAUUACUCGUCGAGCUAAAACAAUGACAUUUCUGUUGCAGCCUGGAUGAGGAGGACCUGAAGUCGAUUAUGCCCCCAGCAGAGGGGGCUAGCGGAGAUGCCCACACGUCUGGAGAUUCGUAAUGAAAAU